AUGAUUUUACAUUCUCUAUCUGCAGAUUUCCUUAUAUUGUUCUUCACGGAGGCUCUUUUUUACUGUGGAGUUGCGGUGUUUCUUCUACUAGUAGACCAUUUACGAAAGCCCAUUGAGCCAGUUUCUGCUGUGAAUAACAGAGUCCUUGCUUCUCAACUGGGGCACCGAAUUUCUUCUGUUGCUGUUUUAGUUCUUAGUCUCAUAAUUCCUAUGGUGACAAUGGGUUUCGUGUGGCCAUGGACUGGCCCUGCAGCUUCUGCUACCCUGGCACCCUACCUUGUUGGUAUCGUUGUGCAGUUUGCAUUUGAACAGUACGCGAGAUAUAUAAAGUCACCGUCAUGGCCAGUCAUUCCCAUUAUCUUUCAAGUUUAUAGAUUGCACCAAUUGAAUAGGGCAGCACAACUGGUGACAGCUCUGUCAUUCACUGUGAGAGGAGCUGAGAUGACAUCACACAACCUGGCAAUAAAUAGCUCGUUGGGUACUCUUUUGAAUGUACUUCAAUUCCUUGGGGUGAUUUGCAUCUGGUCGCUGUCAAGCUUCAUCAUGAGAUUUAUCUCUUCUGUCCCUACGACUGAAUAAUAAGAUGCAAAUUUUUGGAUCCACAUUGGUCUAGUUAUUAUCUCAUUCCGUGGAAAGGAACACUACACAAAAUCAUAUAAAUUUGGUUGGUGCGGUUAUUAAUUGUUGGCUGAAUUGUGCUCUGGAGGUUAUUUUGUGGUUGGCUUUGUUUUGCUCUGAGGGGUAAUAUUUAACUUAAUCAUUCGUCAGUUUUUGAGGAUAUCAAAAGUUCAUGGCGCUCUAUCAAUGAAGAUGGAAACGAAAUAACAGCCGGUAUUGGAGAAGGUUGCUGCACUGCUUGUUCUUUGCAUUUGUGUUUAAGGGGCCUAACUGCUGAUUUUGUGAUAGCAGUGGUCGACAUCAUUCAGUUAAUCAAGAUGAAAUUUUCUUGUAUA